AAGAGUCUCCAUCAUCGUGCUUUCUUUGUCGGUUGUGUUUGGUUUUGGGGCGUUUGUUGUCUUUGUGGUUUUUUGUUGUUUGGCACCUUUUCAUGAUGGAGGCUCUUCAAAAAUUGCACAAGCUGACCUGUGCACUUCCUGCAUGAAUGCCAGCUCGACUCGUGCAAAAAAUUCAUGACAGGCGAUAAAGCAGAAGUGACAAGAGAUGACGCAGAAGAAGAAGUUCCAGUGGAUGGAACAGCGAGGAAGAUGAAAAGGAUGAAGCCGAGAACAUGCUCAUGGGAAUCUGAGUGCAGUGAUGAGCAGUGGGUUCAAAGAACAUUGCCGACUCAGAUGAUGAGCCCUUGAUCACAAUCGAGCACCAGGGUCUGCAGCGCUGCGGAUCACAGUCCAAGAAGGUGAUCGAAGACCCAAGUGAAGAAGCUGGAUGAGAACAGCUGACCGAUGCAUGACCAAAGUUUCACGAAAUGUCGAGACUGAAGUGCAAGGUUUGAAAUUUGAGUGCCUGCAAAGCACAGGACAGGUGGAGGUGUCAGUGUGUGCAAGGACACUUCACAGCAAGGAUGACACACACACAAAACGACUUUAUUUUUUCAUUAGGUUUGGUUGGCAUAUUUGGGUCAUGUUUUUUUUUUUGAACGGCCGUGUUUGUUUGUUGGCCAUAUUCAUUGCUUUUGGCUGACGUCUAAGUUUUCAUAUUUUCAGAUGUGGUUGUUCAGGUGUACCCAAAUGGUUUUAGCAACAGCCAUGGUGCGUUUUUUGGGAUUCAACUUUACACGUCGUUGCUUGAGGUUCCGUUCUGUUUGCUUUGAGUGAUUGUUAGCAAUGGCAGAGACAAAAUUGAAGGUCUUGGUGCACCUUGGCCAGAACGAUCAAUUUUCAGAGUUAACACAUUUGAAUGGCUACCAACCAUCAUGAUUAUGAAAAAUCACAUUUGUAUAUAAUAUAUAGUCAGUUUUUGAUUUGCUUGAGACUCGAGACUGUUUUAUGAUGUCGAAGUUGUCAUUUUAAGAUUAUUUCUAUAGUUGUUUGUACUUUUGAAACAAAUUCGAUCGUUUCUGUGCACAAAUCAGGUUCUUUGUUGGUACACGCGGUGAUGUGAUGCCUGGCGUUGCUAUUUGCAAAGCAUUGGAAGAUCGUGGUCACCAGGCGGCGAUGGCCGUCUGUCCUGGCGUGGAAGACUCUGUUCGAGCGUAUGGAGUCCGCUGCUUUGUGGUUGGUAGAGUCCCUUUUACAUGGCGGAAUGACAAGAAGGUCAUGUCACCAGAGGAAGUUGGAAUCCUUCGCCGGUCCAUGAACGCGAAAGAGUUUCUGUCAGUGGCCAACAAGCAUGGUGUGUCCUGGAAUCUGGAGGAGUGCCUUCCAGAGGCGCUAGCAGGUUGCAGGGAUUUGGUGGACCAGGAGGACUAUGAUGUGAUCUUGUGCAACAUUUGCACCCAAGUGGCCAGUCAUCGCCUCAUGAAGAACCGACCUAAUUUGAAAGUGAUUCGAACAACCUUCACGUUUUGGAAUAUUGCCACCUCUGCCUGGGCACCAGGUGGAUAUGAGAUGUCGGGCGGCUACUUUGCGGCGGAGUUGAGUUCGAACGGCAAUAUAAGGGUUGCAUCUGCAUGUCCUUGUAGCUGUCUUUCUGUGAGGGGAUAACACAAAGGUUGUGGAUAUUAUCAUCUUUCAGCGGUCUUUUUGUAAGUCGGAUCCUGUGAAGUGGAACUUGCUGAUGUUGCUUGUGUCGCAGCGCCUCCCGAUACACGAAAAGGUGUUCUCGAUCAAGAUCAAUGGAAGUUUUGACAAGUAAAAGUUCAAAACCAAAGAGUAAUAUGAUGUAAACACCUCAUCUGCCGAGUUGAGUUUGACCAGAAUGUGACAAUUUGACGACUCACAUUUGAAGACUCCGAGAGCCUCAGGCUUUAUGAAUAAACUCAAGCACCUACACUUUCUCUUUUGUGUUUUCAUGCCCUUCAUCUUCGGCUCGAACAUAUUUAAGAAUCUUGGCUUGCUAGUGUUUCUACUUAGCUUGGAAAUCUCUUCACGAUCGCUGGAGAUGCAGUAGGGUCCGGAAGAGCUGUAGCUGUGUUGUGUUGUGAGAGUGUGGAUUGAACAAGGUUCUUGUGGAGUGUGUCUCGUUGGUUCUUGUGGAGUUCGCAGUCAAGCUUGUGAUGCUUUGAAGGAAGGAGUUCGAGGAGCUCAAAAAGAUCACUGGCAUUGAUCAUGACGUUGGUCUCGGCUUCUUUAAGAAGUUGGCCGAGACCCCAUGUCUUGGAUCAUUGGCUUAGAACCUGUUUUGCUUCAGAAGCAAGCGGCACACACCUGCUUCUUCAGGGACGAACAAACGGUGUUGCAAGGUGCAUAGGUUAAAAAACUUUGCCUUAUGAUAUAUAUACAUAUAAUGUGUGUAUAUAUAUAUUUGCAUGAUUCUAAUCAAGCUUUCUUGGGGUUCGCGACUUGGCAACCUAGAUCUUUGGUCCUUUGUCCUUCGCAGCAUUUGCCCGAGGGCUUUGGAGUCCCAAUCUGCAAGAUCGUCCAGCAGAUUUUCCACAAAACAUGCAGGUCACUGGCAACCUUUUUCUGCCUCAGCUUCCAAAUUGGCAGCCCUCUGGAUCUAUGGAAGCCUUCCUUCAACAGAAGCCGCUGCUGCUGUCUUUCGGA